CAACUAGGAAGGAUGCUGGAAGUCUUAAUGCUUCGAGCCUGAAGUGAAAAAUGGGAUUCAGUAAUGCCUAUGGUGUCGAAUUGGAGCAACAUUUCUUGCUGCUGCAUUUGUUCUCCAGUGCAGUCGUUUCACUGGCAGAGGCUUGAGAGGGAGGAGUAAGAGAAAAGCUGGCAGGGAGGUUAUUUCAACCCUGCAGUAAGCCAGGCUGGGAUUGAGGAGCAGCACCUUUGUGCUGCUGGGACUUCCACCGAGCUUCAUAUCUGGAUUAUUUAUUUAUUUAUCUUUGUUCCGGGAUAUUUAAAUGUUUUUAAACGCUGAAUUAACAGUGCUUUUUUUUUUUUUUUUUUUAAACUGAACUUGUCUCCACAUUUCAAGAGGAAUACUCUAAUAUCUGUGUCCUCGUCUCUCUCCUUUCACGGCUAAUUGAUCUUUAAAGAAUGCUGGAAUGCCUCGUCUUACGGGGUGUUGAUAAAACUGAACUAAAGGACAAUUAUCUAAACCUGUUCAUGCGGAGACUGCAGUUUUAAUGGCAACAUUUGGGUCCAUCUAAUCGCUGCUGCAGCCGAAGAGGUGCCUUUUGGGUUUCUUUUCUUUACUGUGUCAGCUGUUUAACGAAGCAGCAUCAGUGGGAGCUAUCUAAAAAGGCAAACAGAAUUACUUUUCCCGUUAAAGUCGAAGACAGGUGCACGACCUGCUUAUUUAUUUAUUUAUUUAUUUAUUUAAUAUCCCUGCUGCUGUUUUGUAUAAGUUAUUCAUUCAAGCUUCUGUCCUUUUUUAUUUAUUUUUAAAAUCGCAGUAAGCAUGGCAGCAGCGCUGCAUCGUUUUAUCUCCCGGCAUGUGAAAGGGGUGACUGCUCACCGAAUUUAAAGAGAAAUUACACUGCAGACAAUUCGGAGCAGCAUCUGUGAGCAUUGCAAGGAGGGAGGGGGGAGAGAGAGAGAGAGAGAGAGAGAGAGAGAGCUUUGACGCUGCAUUAAUACAGCCGGCGAGCAAUCACAACUGGUCAGGGCUUGCAAACCGAGCCCUAAACUGAAGAGCACGGCCAGACACUCAAGAUGAACUCUUCCUUCGGUGGAAACCAGUCCAGCCAAACCUUCUGUCUCCUGGGCAUCAGUUAUUCACAGACUGUCAACAUUUGCAUCCUGGAAGUUGUAAUCAUUAUUUUUCUUACUGUGCUGAUUAUUUCAGGCAAUCUUGUUGUUAUUUUUGUAUUUCAUUGUGCACCUCUGUUGAACCACCACACAACAAGCUAUUUCAUCCAAACCAUGGCAUACGCUGAUCUCUUUGUAGGGGUGAGUUGUCUGGUCCCUUCAUUGUCCCUGCUGCACUACUCCACAGGGUUUCAGGAGUCUGUGACUUGCAAGAUUUUCGGAUACAUAGUUUCUGUUCUCAAAAGCGUUUCCAUGGCUUCGUUAGCUUGCAUCAGUGUUGAUAGAUACAUUGCAAUUACGAGACCCUUAUCGUAUAACACUCUGGUCACACCAUGGAGGCUACGGGUCUGCAUUUUUCUUAUCUGGAUUUACUCCUGCUUGGUUUUCCUUCCUUCCUUUUUGGGCUGGGGCAAACCGGGCUACCAUGGGGACAUAUUUAAGUCAUGUGCCAUAAACUGGGAUACAAACGCCUAUUUUACCUCUUUUAUUGUGGUGAUGCUGUAUGCGCCAGCUGCUUUAACAGUCUGCUUUACAUACUUUAACAUAUUCCGGAUCUGUCAGCAGCACAAUAAAGAAAUCAAUGACCGCCGAGCACGCUUCAGCUCGCAGGAGGGAGACUCUCCCGACAGCCAGGCCUGCCCGGACAGGCGCUACGCUAUGGUUUUGUUUCGCAUCACCAGCGUCUUCUACAUCCUCUGGUUGCCCUAUAUCAUCUAUUUCUUGCUGGAGAGCUCCAACAUUUACAGCAAUCCUGUCGCCUCAUUCCUGACCACCUGGCUGGCCAUCAGCAACAGCUUCUGCAACUGUGUCAUCUACAGCCUCUCCAACAGCGUCUUCCGGAAAGGACUGAAGCGGCUUUCGGGUGCCGUCUGUGCCUCCUGCACAUGCCACGUGAAGAGCAAGAAGCCUCUGCCUCAGUGUAGCAAGCGGUCCACAAACGGCUGCAAUGCUUAGCAAACACAAAACUGGUGAAGCGCACGGUUUCUGUUUUGCUUGCAAGUUGCAGUCCCUACUGAACUAACAAUGUGAUCAGAUUUGUUUGAAAGCAAAACAGGGGUUAAAAGAAGUAUAUCUCUAUGAUCUCACUCUGGGGUGGGGGUGUGUGUGCACAGAUGCAGUUGGAGCGGGAUCUCCCAUCUUACUAUUAGUAAUUCAAGGGAGGUCACUGCUGGUUAUGCCCCGUAAGGCGUUAUUCAGAGGAGCCCAACGAUAUGUUUGCCUUCAAGUGGUGGGCUUGGAUGGCCUCCUAUACAGAUUGUGGCCAGUUUGCGCAUCCAUGUUUGCCAAAACAAAGUUGAUUUGUGUUAAAUUAGUAGCAGUUUCAUCAUGCUUUUUUAAAACUGUGUGCUCCUGCAUUAUGCUUAAAAGUAUGAUUUGAGAGGCUUACAAUGCAAAAUAAUUUAUUUAAAAUAAAAACAAAUACAGGAAUGAUGCUGCCUUUCAGUUCACUGGAUAAAAUAAUGACUUGAUUUAAAGUGAUUCACUUGAAGUCCUUGGUGUUCUGUAUGCAUAUUGCUCAUGAACAGUUUAACCCAUUCACAUUUUCCAAAUGUUUUGAAGCUAGGCUUCUCCAGUUCUUUACAAAACUCAAAAGAGGUUCUUCAGUAUAUAAAGUCCAUUGAUCUGCUCCACUUGUGGUCAGUCAGUAAGUCUAAAGAAAUCUCUAAAUGUAUAAACAUUUCCACACCACCAAAUCACUACUUAAAAGCUCAGUGCAUCCUAGUUGCUUUUUUCAGUCGCUGCUUAAAGGGAACCAUGCUGGUAGUGCUGCGUGAGGUAAAGUUGGAAACCACUGUGUUGCAUGAAAUUAGUGCUGCGUUUAGAGACUAUGGUUAGUGUUUAUUGUACUUCAGAUAUUAUGGUUUCGUCAAAGUAAGCAUGAAUAAACACAACAAGUGGUCCUGCAGUGGUGGUAGUGAUAUCUGACUAAUUAUUUUUUUUAACCCUGAUGUCGCUGACUGAGAGCAAAAACAUGCGACAAACAAAAUCAUUGUUUUGAGAUGGGAGCAUUCAGAUGUAAAUUAUUGAAAUAUAUAAUGAAGCACUUUUUUUUUUUU